UUGUAUCCUUGACUCUUGAGUAGAUCUCAAAGUUAGUUUCCUAACAUAAAGCUUUUACAGUUCUUGAAUUGGUAUCAUGUCCUUGAGCAAGAUGAACAUCAAACACAUCACUCAAGAUUUUAUCAAACCCAACAACCCAACUCCUAAUCAUCUUCGUCUUCUACGAGCCUCUUUGUUUGAUCAUGUAAACACUCCCGUCCUUAUGCCCCUUAUCUUCUUUUACUCCCGAACUUAUACUACCAACAUCGGUACUAAUCAAGUCUUGGAUCGACUCAAAGGAUCCCUUCCGACGACGUUAUCGAUAUUCUAUCCACUUGCAGGGCGCGUUCAUAAUGCUAAGCAAAUCGAUUGCAACGAUGAGGGCGUGCCCUAUGUACAAGCAGUGGUGGACUGCCCAUUAAUGGAUAUUGUCUACAAGGCAGAAAUGUCUCAACUCGACAAACUUGUACCCAUCUAUGGCAAAGAAGGGUAUACGAGCUUGUUGUUAGCCAUCCAAGUAAAUGUUUUUGCUUGUGGUGCACUUGCAAUUGGGGUGAAGAUGAGCCAUGCUAUUUCUGAUGCGUUCUCAUUUUUUAUGUUCAUGAAGACAUGGGCAUCUAUUGCAAACGGCAACCACGAUACAGUGCGUUUGAAUCGCCCUUACUUCGAGAUUUCGAAGUUAUUUCCACCCCCAUCGCCUCAAAUAGUAAAUAACGUGGAGGAAGACUCUAACCAAAAUCCUGAUCUUAUACAGACGAGACCAGUGAGCAAAUGGUUUUUGUUUAGUGAAACCAAGUUAGAUGCAAUUAGAACAAAACUAUUUUCUUACACCAACAGUAAUAGUCUUCCUUCCCGGCCCAUGGUUUUAUCGGCUUUCAUUUGGAGCAGAAUCAAGGUAGCUUGUCAUAAUAGUGUUAACAUCAUCCCUAAUGAAGUGUACCAUGCUGUUAAUUUACGUCCUCGAGUGAAUACACCAGAUGAGAAUUCUUACUACUUUGGUAACUUGGUCGUAAAUGCCAUAGUAAACUCGUCUCUGGUGCUAAAUGAUGAUAAUAACAACUCCAUGAACGAGUCUCGAUGGUUGUACAACUUCUUAGCACUAACAAAAGAGUCCAUCGAGAAAAUUAUGAGUGAUGGGUUUAUUAAAGAGAUUCUAGAAGGUAAGGAGGACUUGAGGUUCAUGAUGGAACACUUCGAAAGAGAAAGCAAGGGCGAGAUAAUCUCACUUGGUUUGAGCAAUCUACGAAGUUUGCCAGUAUAUGAGGCUGAUUUCGGGUGGGGGAAGCCGAUAUGGGUGACCAGUGCAACUUUAGUUUUCAAAGAUUUGAUCAUUUUAAUCCCUGCUGGUCCGUCAAGUAACGAUAUAGUUGCUUAUAUUAACUUGAGUAGCGACGACAUGGCUAAACUCGAGAAUGAUGCAAGGUUCAUUGAGCUUACGUCGAAAGCAACUCAAGUUCACAGCAAGAUUUAAUGAUUGAGAAUUUUGUCAUGUUCUUAGAUGUCUAAUUUGUUGGAAUAAUACAUCAAUAUAUUUCUUGAUGAAAAUUCUAAACCAAAUUAUUGACUCUAGUUUGACAGAAAUGAAUUGGGGUACAUGCGGAAGUUUUGAUGGACCCUUCAUAAUAUAAUAAAUUGCAUUUUAUUGAUUACAUCGAGAAGAAUUGUACAACUACAUUUGUGAAAGUCUAUAUCUCUCACUUAUCUGUUGUGACUCUAAGUCAAUGUUAUUUUGAUGAU